AAACUCAUUAUUCCCUUUUUUUGCCCUUUCUGUACCAGAAAGAACUCAUCUCACACCAUACACGCACAUGGAACACCAGCUCCUGAAGUUCAACUAUACAUACGCCACAAAUUCAUCUUAUUCUCCAUGAUUUUCGACUUUGAAGGUUCAAUCUGUCGAUUUGUUGUUACUUCACUGGUGGAUCUUGCUGAUUUUGUUGAUCUGCUUAGGGUUGAUGCGAAAGUUUGCAUAGAUUUGAGCUGAUUUGGCUUGAUUUCGUCUGAUUUGACUCUACAGAAUGACAGAGGAGAUAAAGUUAGAUGGAGAUGUUUAUUACGGCAACGUGAAGGGUAAAAUUCCCCACGGCACGGGUAGAUACACAUGGUCAGACGGUACAGUUUACGAUGGUAACUGGGAAGACGGAAAAAUGUCCGGGAGAGGACAAAUCUCUUGGCCAUCUGGCACAAAUUACGAGGGUGAUUUUUCCGGGGGUUAUCUUCACGGUUUCGGAACAUUGACUAAACUCGAUGGAUCUGUAUACAAAGGCUCCUGGAGAUUGAAUAUUCAGAACGGGUUUGGAAGAAAGCAGUAUAGUAAUUCUGAUGUUUACGAUGGUUGUUGGAAAGACGGUGUGCAUGAAGGAAGUGGUAAGUAUGCUUGGAGUAACGGCAACAUUUAUAUCGGAAACUGGAAAGCUGGAAAAAUGUGUGGUAGAGGAGUGAUGAAAUGGCUGAAUGGUGACCUUUUUGACGGUUCAUGGUCAAACGGUCAUAGACAUGGGUCUGGUGUCUACAGGUUCGCAGACGGUAGUUAUUAUUUCGGGACAUGGACUAAAGGACUCAAGGAUGGUCAAGGCACGCUUUAUGCCGCAGGAAGUAAGUGUAAGUCGCAAUCAUUUAGAAGAUUUGAGAAAAAGAAAGGCCUCGUAUCUGACGGUUCUUCUGGUAGGUCUGAUAGACUCAGGGAUUCGGAACGUAAUGUUGGUCGAAGUUUAUCCGAAAAGAUAUCGUUUAAUGGAUUCUUUAGAGACUCGGGUCGAAUAUCGAGCAAGAGACUGCCACCCGAAGAAGAUUAUAGCAUUGGGGAUUCUGCUAUAGAGUUAUCGUUAUCUACUUCUGAGAACACAGAUAUGUUAUCUCGUAUAUCAGAUGAAGGGGAAAGUGAACUAGACAGUGAUAGUACUGUGGCCUGGGAAAGGGAGUACAUGCAAGGUGUUUUAAUGAAAGAACGGGUUAAGAAUAAUGCAGGAUUGUCAUCUAAAAACAAACAGCAGAGUAAAUUGCAUGCAAAUGAAGUGAAGACUAAGUCAUGUGUGGAUAUUUUUGAAGGCCAUAAAAGCUACUGUCUGAUGCUAAAUCUGCAACUAGGUAUCAGGUACACAGUUGGCAAGAUUACACCAGUUCCGAUGCGUGAAGUGAGAUCUUCAGAUUUUGGAGAACGGGCUAGAAUAAGAAUGUACUUCCCAAGGAAAGGCUCACAAUUUACACCUCCACACUAUUCGGUUGACUUUUAUUGGAAAGACUACUGUCCUAUGGUCUUCAGGAAUUUGAGAGAGCUGUUCAAGUUAGACGCUGCAGAAUAUAUGAUGUCCAUAUGCGGGGAUGAUGGUUUGAGAGAGCUUUCUUCUCCAGGGAAAAGUGGCAGCAUAUUCUAUCUCUCUCAUGAUGACAGAUUUGUAAUCAAGACACUAAGAAGAUCUGAGCUCGAGGUUUUACUCAAGAUGCUUCCAAGCUAUUAUGAUCAUGUAAAGAUGUAUGAUAACACGCUGAUCACAAAAUUUUUCGGCCUCCAUGAGAUAGCACUGAGAGGUGGCAAGAAGGUACGGUUUAUAGUCAUGGGAAAUAUGUUCAAAACAGAACUACGGAUACAUCGACGUUAUGAUUUGAAGGGUUCUUAUCAUGGAAGAGUUACAAAUAAAGAUGAUAUAGAUGAGGGCACAACAUUAAAAGACCUUGAUCUUGCAUAUGAAUUCCACAUGGACAAGUCAUUGCGUGAGGCACUUUUUAAGCAGAUCCGUCUAGACUGCAAGUUUUUGGAAUCUCAACAAAUCAUAGAUUAUAGCCUUCUUCUGGGAUUGCAUUUUAGAGCACCCGAGCACUUGAAGGCUCUCUUGGAACCACCAGAUGCAAAACACCGAUCUGGUUCACCUGUUGAUGAUGAUUCAGUAUCAAGGGACCUCUCAAUUCCUCCAAAGGGUCUUCUUUUAGUGACACAUGAACCCAGUUCCGUCAAUACCGCACCGGGUCCUCACAUAAGAGGAAAUACCUUGAGAGCGUUUUCUGUAGGUGACAAAGAAGUCGAUCUUCUUCUUCCUGGCACCGCUAGAUUACGAGUGCAGUUAGGUGUGAACAUGCCGGCUCAGGCAAACCGCAAGGUCUCGCAGGAUGUUUCAGAUUCAGCAGAAGUAGAACUUUUUGAGGUAUACGAUGUUGUGCUGUAUCUGGGCAUAAUUGAUAUACUACAAGACUAUAGCAUGCGAAAGAAAAUCGAGCAUGCAUGUAAAUCAGUUCGAUAUGAUCCAAUGUCGAUAUCUGUUGCCGAUCCAAAGUUCUACUCCAACCGAUUCGUCAAUUUUCUGGAGAAGGUUUUUCCUAUUGAUCGUUGAACUCCCUGCUGCAAGUAUGAAUCUUUGUUUUUGUCAUAGUCAGUAUAUAUAUUCAUUCUAGAAUCCUUUUUGCUUGAAGCUGUAUUUGCAUUUGUGUCGUAUAAUAAUAUUCGAGUAUAUUUUAAUUCUUGUGUUUUAUUAUGUAAUAAAUUAAUAAUUCAAUCUCGGACCAAUCACUUCA